AUGCCUUUCAUCACGCAUCCUCUGUCGCCCGACAACCUCCCAGUUGUUCCGCUCUGGAUCAACGGGGCUGCACAUGCUGCUUCUGAAGACGACAACCUCUUCCCCGUCAUCUCUUCCGUUCAAGACAAGCCUGUCCAUUACGCCGUCUCUGUUUCCCCCAAAACAGCUGCCCUGGCCGUCGAGUCUGCCGCUUCAGCCCUCGUUCAAUGGCGGAAAACAACGCCUGCACAUCGCCGAGCACUCAUUUUGAAAGCCGCAGAUGUACUGGAAAAGAAAGGUAAAGAGGUGAUGCAAGCACAGAUGACGGAGACGAGCUGUGCGGAAGCAUUUGCACAGUUCAACUUGCGAUCUACGGAAUGGAUCCGAGAGGUUGCAUCUGCGACGACUGAAUUGAGAGGCGUUGUGGCGCAGAAUGCGAGUGGAGAGGGUGGAGAAGACGUUGUUGUCAAGGCCUCAGAACUCUGCCCUCUCACACAUCACUUGCUGCUCGAAGCAUUCGAAGAAGCAGGCAUUCCACCUGGUGUAAUAAACAUGAUCCAGGCCCGGAGAGAGGACGCUGCUGCCGUUACUGAAGCAAUCGUCGCGCAUAAGGCACUCCGAAAAGUAGACUUCAUCGGCAGUGCCGCCGUGGGUAGCAAAAUCGGUCAGUUAUGCGCAAAGUAUCUCAAGCCUGUGUUGAUGGAGCUUGGUGGAAAGGGUCCAGCAUUGGUCCUUGAGGACGCCGAUCUGGAACAGGCGGCGAAGCUUUGUGCUAUGGGUGCGGUUGCGGACCACGGUCAGCUCUGCUUUUCUACAGAGCGGAUCAUUGUUCAUCGAGCUAUCUAUGACGAUUUCGUGAAGCACCUCACCGCCGUGUUCUCGCACAUACCUGGCGCCGGCGACGCUGUUACCAGACAGUCUGCGAAGGCAAGUCGAACCACCGAAGGCAUAGGACGUGCAAACUUUUUUUUCGAUGCAAAGGAGAAUGGUGCUACCUUCCUGGCCGGCGGUCUCCAAUUCAUCAGCGAAACGAGCCUUAAGCCCACCCUCGUCACCAACGUCUCGCGCAACGCUCGCAUAUUUGAUGAAGAGACAUUUGGGCCAUCUGCGACGGUAUACAUGGCCCAGAACGACGAAGAUGCCGUUGCAAAGGCAAAUGAUUCGGCGUACGGACUGAAUGCAGCGGUGCAUAGCAGGAGCUGGGAACAUGCGUUUGAGAUGGCAAAGCAACUGGAGUAUGGACAGGUGCAUAUCAACAACGUUACCUGUACAGAUGCUCCUGGAGUACCGAUCAAGGGUGUAAAGGGCUCUGGUUGGGGGAACUUCCAAUAG